AUGAUCGAGCUCCCUAAUCUUGAUCUUCAACUUGUCUUCCAGAAUUGUGCAAAGGGUCAAAACAUCAACUCCGUCGAAACAUUGGAGCGUAAGGACGUCCGAGACGAGGGUGGACGCUUGAUCCACGCCAGCAACGUUAAGAUGACCAAGAUCCUUGCUCGCGGCUUGAAGGCGAGCAAUGCUGAAAGCAAAUAUCCAUAG